UACCAUAUAAUCCCUAAAGUUUCAGCUCUUGCUCAUUCUUCAUUGUAGACUUCCUUGCUGGAUCUGUUCUCAUUGCUUGUUUGGGUUGAGAAACUUUCUGCCAUCUUAAUUUGUGUUUUGAGUUCAUUAAUUUUCUUGGAUUUGCUUAGAUAAUUGAGCAAGAAAAAACGAAACAGAGAAAGAGUGAUGGCUGAUCAGUGGAAGGAGCUUAGUGGUGAGAGGAACUGGGAGGGUCUCUUGAAACCUCUCAACGGUGAUCUCCAAAAGCGUAUAGAACUCUAUGGUGAAAGAAUUCAAGCUAUUUGUGACUCCAUGACGGAUGAUAAAAGACAUCCUACCCAUGAAAAGGAAGAUUUAUUUUCUAAAGUCAUCAUGAAAACAGACAAAUUUGGCAAGCUAUAUACUGUGACCGACUAUAUAUAUGCUAUGUCAGAUGUUCCUUCCUGGAUCGAUUGGAUUGUUAAGGACCAAUCUGCUUGGAUUGGUUAUGUGGCCGUGGCAACAGAUAAAGGAAAGGAAGUAUUAGGAAGAAGAGACAUUUUGAUUUGCUGGAGAGGAACUUAUUCUAAGGCCGAGUGGAUAAAAGAUUUUGAGUUCUUUCGGACCCAAGCGUCAAACAUUCUUGGGGAAACCCAUAACCCACUUGUGCACGGAGGAUUUCUCUCCCUUUACACGUCGAAAACUAAUGAACCCGAGUACAAUAAUUUGAGUGCCAGAGAUCAGGUGCUGAAUGCAGUGAACAGAUUGCUGAAUAUGCCUGACUAUAGAGAUGAGGAAAUUAGUAUAACAGUAACAGGCCACAGCUUGGGUGCAGCACUUGCAACAUUGAACGCAACUGAUAUGGUUUUCAAUAAGCAUAAUGAGUGCACAGGGUCAGACAAAAUAUGCAUGGUCACGGCCUUUGUGCUUGCAAGCCCCAAGGUUGGUGACAAGGGAUUCAAGAACGUCUUCAAUGGACUCAACAAUCUGCAUCUCUUGAAUAUUAGACAUAAAAGUGACAUUGUUACAAGAGUUCCUCCCUAUCCCUACAGAAAAGUGGGAACAAAGUUAAGAAUUGGGAGUUACAAGGCAGGAUUACGGAAACUUAUUAAGGAUGGAAUACCAAAACUUAAGAACAGGCAUCAAUUUCAAAGUUUGCCGCAACAUUUAUUUGAUAAAUGGUUUCAAUUUCAUAGUUUGCAGGAAUAUCUCGAUGAAGUCGCAGGACGGCGCAAAAAAUACUUGGCUGGUAAUAUCUCCUAAAUGCAAUGGGCGUUUGGAGAUUUAUUUCCCUCCUGAAGGAUUGGUUACAUCCUCCCAACACCUAAUAAUUAAUUAGUUGAGGAGUCAACAUUGAGGUUUCUUUUACUGUUUAAUUAAAGCUUUAUU